AAAUAGUCAAGUUUACGUGUUAAGCGCAAAAGACGAACGAAAGGCCAUGUGGUUGUCGACGGUGUGGUUUUUUCUGUUAGCCGCUUGCGUACACAGUGCAACAACAACGCACAAACAUGCACAUUCGCAUGCAAUUCACAAGGAGCGCACAGAGGAUGGGCCGCGCGAUUCCCAUCACUUAAACGGGGAACACUUUUCGGAGUUCGAUCACGAGGCAAUUUUGGGUAGCGUCAAGGAGGCGGAAGAAUUUGACCACCUUUCUCCAGAGGAGUCAAGGAGGCGCCUGGCUGUACUGGUCACCAAGAUAGACCAGAAUGCGGACGGAUAUGUAGAUAGGCAUGAGCUGAAAGCUUGGAUACUGCGAUCCUUUAAGUCGCUGGCUGAAGAGGAAGCAUCCGACAGAUUCGACGAUGUAGAUCUAAAUAACGAUGAUUCGGUAACGUGGCAUGAAUACCUUCAAGAAACCUACGGUAUGGACAGUGAGGAUGAGGAAGGAGUACGAUUACCCUUCGAACAACCGCGAGAUGAAGAUGAAAGAAAACUUAUCAACGAUGAUAAGGAAAUGUUUAAUGCAGCAGAUAUUGAUAAGAACGGUAGGCUGGAUUCGAAUGAAUAUGUAAGGUUUAUCUCGCCUGAAGAAUUCCCCGAGAUGCUGCCCAUUAUACUGCAACAAACACUGCGUGAGAAGGACAAGAACAGCGAUGGGCGUAUAGAUUUUCAGGAGUUUGUAGGUGAUAACGCCAAAGAUCGCGAUAAGGAGUGGCUAGUCGUGGAGAUGGAUAAAUUCAAACAUGAUUUUGAUAAAGACAAUGAUGGAUACCUGAACGGAAAUGAAAUACUAUCGUGGGUUGUGCCAAGCAAUGACGAGGUAGCCAGUGAUGAAGUUGACCAUCUAUUUGUUGCCAGCGAUGAUGACCACGACGAUAGGUUAUCGCAUCAGGAGAUCAUCGACAAGUACGACAUAUUCGUAGGAAGCGAGGCUACUGACUACGGUGAUCACUUGCACAACAUGCACCAUUUCGAUGAUGAGCUGUAGUGCAUCGCGUUUCACUGGUUUGAUACUGCCAAUUGUAAACUAUAGAUCGUCCAAUCAAGGAUACAUUCUUCUGCGACCCUCGUUUAUUUAUUCUCUGCUUUAUUUUGCUUACCUUUUAUUACUCUACUGAAUAUCUCAGCUGCCAUUAAUAGAAAUUAUUUAUUCUACAUUUUUUAUGAACACAAAAAUAUUAUAUAUUUUUAUUAAUGUUACUGUGUUAUAUUUUCGGCCAGUAACAUACUAAAAGUACUUUAGUAUAAUUUUACAGAACCAGAAAAACGAUGAAUUUGAGGAGGCAAAAUACACCCGGGUAGUCAGUCCGUUCAAUUCGGCUUCACAAACGACGUCACAUUUCCAUGAGUCUGUCCAUGUUAAAGGUAAUAUCUUAGAUCUAGGUGUAGAUCUAGAAACAUAGAAUGGAACCAUAGCGACACUCGAACGCAAGCGGAAGGAUCUUCUCAACGAUUUUUGCGUUUAAGUAUUUCAAAGAAACCCACGGUAAAGAUAUAAUUGCAGACUCAUUUAUUUUGGUUUAUUAUUCGUGAUUGUUUCAUUUACUAGAUAGCAUAUAUUUUAUUGCUUGAAGGAAGAAGGGAAAAACGCAAAUUAGGAAGCAUCUUGUUUAAAUAUGUGUGUUAUUAUGACGUAAUGUAAUAUAAACGAGUGAGAUUUUGAACAAGUUUGUAGUGUGUGCAUUCAAAAAACUCUUUGGUAUGUGUUUCUUGAACAUAAAUGUGAAUUUGUAAACGAACACUAACAUUCUGUUAUAAUGGUUUUUAAAUUAUUGCGGAGUCAAAUUAUGAAAUUUUUAUAAACAUUGCACAUAAAACAAUAGCAGCAAUAAAAUUGUUCCGAUUCGUUCAUUACAGUGAGAAAGUUUUGAGGAUAAAUGUUUUGACAAUAUGCACAAUUUAGAGCAUAGGUCGUGAAACGCUUUGGUUUUUUUUUUUUUUAACAUAUAUAAGGACGGACGAGCCGUAUGUUUAAACGCUUUGGUUAUUUAAAAACAAAUAAUUUGUUGGAUGGAAAUAACUUCGGCAAAAAGGCCUCGAUCGCCCCAUAUUACAAUAAGAUUACACGGUUUUUGUUGGAAACAUUGCCAAAACAUUUCCUAACAUAAAUAGACAUUUUUAUGUUAGGAAAUGUUUGGAACAUU